ACCGCAAGUUAAAAAGAAGCUAGUCUACUUUUCUGCAAUAAUUUCAAGGCGUGCAUUUACCAAUCAAGUUGUCAGUGAGGUCCUCAUUAAGAAAUCGAUUAAAUUUGAAAUCUCUGGAUUGCGAAAACUGACAAAGUGAAAACCGCUAGUGUGGUUUGAUUGUUAUUUGUGACACGUUUCGUUAGAUCCGACACUGUACAUUUCCGGGUUUGGAGAAAAUUGCAUUAUUAAAUUAUUUUUGUAAAAUAAAAUUACUGUUGUAAAUCCAAGCAACACCGUAAGAGACAUGGCUAACAAUGAAAGGAGCAGAGGAGACCAAGACUUCAAUCGUCGGCCUGCAGGAAUAGUUAUUCCGCUCGAAGAGUUGAAACCGCUGACAUCCGAAGAUGAACGAGUUAACGAACUAAUCGUUGCUACUCCAGCGAGAAACGUCAAUGACAUCAGUGGGGUGGAAGAUGGUUUAAACAACAAUAGAAAUAUAAGCUACACCGCUAAAAAGAACUUUUCCCAAGGUAUGAUGGACAUUGCUCUAUUGACGGCCAAUGCCAGUCAACUGAGAUACGUAAUGCGAUCUCCUUAUUGGGAUUUUUACCACAAGAUGAACAUUACAUUAAUUUCCAUCAGCAUUGCUCUUCAGAUUAUUGCAGGUAUACUACUUGUCUGCGUCAGCCGAAAAGACUACAAACGCAAAGAUGUUCGUGAAGGAACCCGAAUCAUGAACGACCUUGUUGUCAUUUUAAUCUUUGCCAUCACGUUUGUCAACAUUUUCAUUGCUACCUUCGGGAUUGAUGAUGAACGCACGACAUUUCUUCGAUGGAAGCAAACUGCCACCGACAUUCCUUCUGAGCCACAUUCACCUACUGGAGUCUGAGCCUUCUUCUCCAGCCUGAGCAACAAAAUGACAACGAAGUCCUCGAUAGCCUAGUCUUAUUAGAAGAUACAAUUU